GGGGCCCUGCGCCCCCCGCCCGGCCGGGGCCCACCCGGGACGUACCCCCGGGAACCCCUCGCCGAGCGGGUCCGGUUGUCGGGAGGCGAAAGAGAAACCCCCGUCCGUUUUCGAUGUCAGCGGCCGGGGAGCGUUUGGGGCCGGGGCUGCCGGGCGCUUAUGGGACCAACUGAUGAAAAGAGGCGUCAGAUGAGCCCCGUGGCGAGCCCGGCGUGUUCGCGAGGGGUGGCCGGGCCGUCACGGCUGUCCCGGGACCGCAGUCGUUUUUCUCGGGGGGGCAGCUGCGCAAAAAUACCCAUAAGAGCGAUGGCGUCCGCGUUGCGAGCGGCUUUGCGGCGUGCGCCUUCCAGGGAAAAAUCCGCAAACCAUUUCUCCCCUCUGAACGCCAGGAGUGGGAUGGGGGGGGUGGGAUGGGGGAGCGGGAGGGGUGAAGGCUUAAAACCCCACGGGACAACAGCCUCCACGGGAAAGGCAGAAAGCGGCGCCGAGCCGGGACCCCCGCAGCCCGCCCGACGUGCAACCGCUCCUGCUUCCCCCUCCAAAGCCGUUCUGAGCCAUCUCGACCCCCCCAAAACCCGCCAGCCCCGUUGAGGGCUCCCGGCGCAGAGAGGGGGCGAAGGCACGGCGGUGGGCAGGGCGGCGUGGCGGGGGCAGCUGUCUCAAAGUCAGUCAUUUGUUAUAUGCUUGCCGGAACUGCAGAAGUCGAAUCGAUAGAGACAGCCUCCAGCUGUGCCUAAACCUGCGAUUUCAAUUAAAAUCCUGAGCUCCGAUGCCCGGGUCUUAGCUGGGAUCCCAAAGCACCGAUACACAAGGCGUGCGGUAGCGCGGUUCCUCGCCGGCCAGGAGGUAGCGGCACGGCCAAGGCCGGGAGCCGGUACCCGGCCUCGGGCUCCGCGGGGGCUUCCCCAGACCGUGAGGAAGGAGGCGGCCCCGGGGCUGCUGCACGGGGUGCCCGCCGCCGCUCCUCGCCCCCGGCAGCCCCGAGGCCUGCGAGACCCGAGCCGGGCGGUGGGUGCGGAGCAGCGAGCCGGCAGCCGUCCCCUCGGCCAGGGCGGGAAGGAGGGAGAGAGCCGGCCCAGAAAACACCCCGGCAAGGACGAGGGCGGCGCGGGGAAGCUGGCAGCGAGCUCCCGGCCCCGGCUCCGCAGCCCUCUUUUAUCCUGCCCGAAAUCAUCUCGUUUACAGAAAAUAUUUGUUUGCACUAUUAGUUGGUACUGGAGUUAAUUACUCAACGUGUGAGCGGGGAGUAAUAUGGAUAAAAGCAGCCCCAGUGUUUAUUGUGUGGGUGAGCUGUUGAGCGGUGCUUGAAUAAACUGCAAUUAGGGUUAGAUAGAGAUUAAUUAACAUGUGAGUGGCAAGGUGUAAAAUAGUUCCCAACCCUCCACUCAGUAUAAUCUGCAGGCGAGGAAAAGAAGUUUGUGGAGGCUAAUUAAAUACUUUGCUAAAGCCGGCGAGCCCCGGGAGCGAGCGGAGCCCAGCCGCCGCCUGCCCGCUGCACGGCGGAGGCGCGGGCAGUGCGGCUCGGCGCGGCUCCCUGGGGCUCCGCCAGGCUCUCCUGCAGACCAGUCACCGCAGGCGGCUUGUGCCGGUGCACGUGGCUCUCCGCGGUCCUGUCCCACCCUCUCCUCCCAAAACCGGGACCGUUUGCCCCCUCCCUUGCACGCUGACCCAUCAGACCCAGGCGGGGAGGAUGGAGCGGGCAGGGCUGGGGGGACGCCAACACCUGAUGCUCUAGGCGGAGAGACACCCCGCCCCUGCCCCCCGAGGAGAGGUGUCCCCCGGGGGCAGGGCGCUCCCCUCCGCCCGCCGGCAGCCCCCGGGGCGGUCGCCGCUUUCAGAGUUUGUUUCUGAAGCGUGUUGUGGUUCGCAGGUGAAAAAGCCUGUCUGCAAACAGCCGCCAGCGAGCUGCCCCGGCGGGGAGAGGAGGCGCGUCUUUGUCAGCGCCGCACAAAACCCCCGAAUUCCUCCAAACUUUCUUAGGCGUGCUAGGGAGGCGGAAAAAAAAAUAUAUAUAGGGGCCUUUUCAUUGCUUGCUUUACCUCUGGUCAGGCUCAAUCUAAACCCUUCGCUCCCCCCCUCCCUCCGCCGGAUAAUCCUCCCCUUUAUUUUAGAAACACACAAAACCAGGUUCCACGCAGCGCUAUAGUGGCUACAAGUGAAAGAGAAUUGAGCGCCCUGAAUCGCUGGGGGAAAAUUGGUUCGGCUGAAUAGCCCCGGCGAGGGACGGGGCGGCUAAUCAGGGCCAGGGGAGGUGCUGCCGCUGCAGUCGGGCCCCCCCAAAACAGCUCGGUUGCAACGGAGCUGAUUGCAGAUGGGUUGCCAAAAUAACUCGAGCAUGGUUGCGUGGUAGUUGCUUUCGGGAAAAAAAAAAUCAUUCUCCCCCUUCUUAAAAAAAAAGGAAAAAAAAAGGAAGAAGAAAAAAAAAUCCUCACGCUCACUCGGAGUGGCUCUUCUAACCCCAGCAAGAACUGGAGCACUCUUUUCCACCCAACUUGUGAAUCGCACUUGCCUUCUAAUUUGCCACAUGCAAAACGAUUCCUCUGCUUUGCAAGUUGCUUUUUAAGAAGGGAGAGAGAGAGGAAAAAACCCAGCUCGCACACGAGCGAUUUGUGCGUCUUAAACUGGAAGGAAAUUGUGCGUGGAGAGGGGGGGCUCCUCUUCCUCUCUCUGCCCCAACCCACCGCGCUCCAGCCCGGCGCCUCGGCUCGGGGAAGAUCCAUGGUGGCAUCCCCAUGUCAUUCUGCUCGAAGUGACUUCAUGUGAUGUCAGCUUUAAAUGUACGAGACCGUGAUCUGACGCUCAGGAAGAUGUUUGCUAUCAAAAUCUGACUGUGGCCACACUGAGCUGCUUGGAUGCGUCUCGCCGGCGCUGGGCAAAGAGCCGAGAGCGGGAGCGACUCGCUGCUCAUACCAAGUUCCCGCACGGCGGAGCGACAUGGCGAGCUCGGGGUCGCUGGAGACGGUCAUGCCUUCUUCCUGCCCCCGGCACGACGGCAGGGCCGCCGCCGCUAACCCCUCCAAGACCCUGGCCUUCUCCAUCGAGCGGAUCAUGGCCAAGACGUCGGAGCCCAAGCCAGCCUUCGAGCAGAGGCACGGCGGGCCGGGGCCAGAGCCGGAGCCGGGCAAGAAGCCGCUGAGCCUGUGCUCGCCCCUGCCCUGCGUGAUUCCCAUCCCGCCGCUGGGCUACGAGGUGCCCUCCAAGACUCUCCUCAACUACUCGGAGCUGUGGAAGAGCAGCCUGCGGGGCGGCGCGGGGCUCUGCAAAGCCAACUGCGGCGUCUGCUGCAAGGCAGAGCUCGCCCUGGGCCAGCCCAGCGGCCGGCUCAUCAAGCCGCAGGUCAUCCAUCAAGCGGGGACCGUGCCGGCAGCCCCCCGCUCCCUCUACUACUUCAACUACCUGGACGCCGCGUACCACCCGGCCGACAUCCUGCACGGACAGCUCUUCCCCGCCGGCCUGCUGGGCGCCCCGCCGCCGGGGGGGCUCUCGGCCCACCAGAAGCUUUUCCUGCUGGAGAACGCCAAGCUGGCGGGGCUGGCAGCCGAGAAGCUGCCGCCGCCGCCGCCCUUCGCCCACAAGGAGCGGCUGCCGGGACACCUGGACCAGGUGAUGAAGGAGGCGGCGGCGGCGGAGCGCGGCGGACCCCCCAAGGGCCACGCCAAGUUGGGGGGCGGCGGCGGCGGGGCGGCGGAGGGCAAACCCAAAAAUUUCACCUGCGAGGUCUGCGGCAAGGUGUUCAACGCGCACUACAACCUCACCCGCCACAUGCCGGUGCACACGGGGGCCAGGCCGUUCGUGUGCAAGGUCUGCGGGAAGGGCUUCCGCCAGGCCAGCACCUUGUGCCGGCACAAAAUCAUCCACACCCAGGAGAAACCCCACAAGUGCAACCAGUGCGGGAAGGCGUUCAACAGGAGCUCCACGCUCAACACCCACAUCCGCAUCCACGCCGGCUACAAGCCCUUCGUCUGCGAGUUCUGCGGCAAGGGCUUCCACCAGAAAGGCAACUACAAGAACCACAAGCUGACCCACAGCGGAGAGAAGCAAUACAAGUGCACCAUUUGCAACAAAGCCUUUCACCAGAUCUAUAACUUGACUUUCCACAUGCACACCCACAACGAUAAGAAGCCCUUUACGUGCGUCACUUGCGGGAAAGGAUUUUGCAGAAACUUUGAUUUAAAGAAGCACGUCCGAAAGUUGCACGACAGCGUCUCCAGCGCUCCGCCGCCGCCGCCGCGGGACCCUGGGCGCAGCGGGCAGAGCUAAGGGCCCGGCGCAGCCCUCCCCGCCCAACUCGGACCUGCUCCACCGGGCCAGCACUAUUUAUCCAAACCAGCCUUUGCUUCUCUGUCUUUUCCCCAGCGAGCUCAGCCGCCGGUAGCAAGCGAUCCCGAGCCGCAUUUGUAUAUAAGAGGAAUCUUAUUUAACGGCGCGUUGCGCCGCCGGAGCGGGCCAGGAGGGGCCGGGCUGGCCGCCCCCCGCCCGGCGCCAGGACAGCGCUCUUUAUACGUGUCUGUAAAUCUCCAUUUUAAAUGUACGCUCGAAUAAGUGAGGAAUAUAUAUAUAUCUAUAUCUAUCUAUCAUGGGACAAUAAACCGGCCCUUCGCAGGUG